GGCCCAGAGUGGCCCAUUUUAUCUAAACAACUCUCACCUGGUUCUGUUAUCUCUCUCUGUUCAGUGGAGAAGAAGAUCCAAAUCGAUUCGUUGAAAAGUCUCAGGGACAAUCUAAUUUGUGAGCUAUGUCGAGUGCUGCGGUGGACGCGACGGGGAACCCGAUCCCUACAUCUGCGGUGUUGACUGCCUCAGCGAAGCAUAUAGGUCUAAGAUGUAUGCCUGAGAACGUUGCGUUUCUCAAAUGCAAGAAGAACGAUCCAAACCCUGAGAAAUGUCUCGACAAGGGUCGUGACGUCACUCGCUGUGUCCUUGGCUUGCUGAAGGAUCUUCACCAAAAGUGCCAAAAGGAGAUGGAUGACUAUGUUGGGUGUAUGUAUUACUACACAAAUGAGUUUGAUCUGUGUAGGAAAGAGCAAGAAGCCUUCGAGAAAGUCUGCCCCCUGAAAUGAAGUUACUGUCUCAUGUUUUAAUUUGUAAUCUCCUAAUAAAGCAGCAUGUUCAUUUUUGAAUGAGCUUUACUCCCUCUCCUCUUAUUCUUGUCAUCACCAUUCUUUCCUUUCAAAUGUUGUCGAAGUGAGUUCUCAGAGACUUCAACAUAACUCAGUUUUCAUUGCUUGAUGGUUAUUUACUCAGAGCAUAAGCGAUUUCACGAGGAAAAAUCUGGUUUAUUUACUUA